AUGAUUAGUUUAUUCACUGCGUUAAUCGUCGUUGCUGUUAUUAUACCUUGCAUACCCAUUCUAAUAUACGUGAUUGGCUUGCUGUUGCCUGCCAGUCAUAUCGUCUCUCGAACCGCCCAAUUCACCACCACCGCAGAUCACCUCUGGCACAUUUUGACCAAUGUCCAACAAUACCCAGAAUGGCAGACCAAGCUAGAACGAGUAACUGUCAACAGCACAGAAACCGAUUCAUCGCCUCAAGAAGAACGCCUGAUAUUCACAGAACACACCAAACGUAAACGUCGAAUCGUCGUCAUCCAUGUCAUCCAAAAGCCUUAUCGAAAAUUAUUGAGGAUACUUGAAGAACAGGCGGCGUCUACACACACAUCACCUCCUUCAUCACCGUCAAGGAAACCCUCUUUCUCUGGUUCAUGGACCUUUGAAAUUAUUCCCAGCGAUGAAAAAGAACUGGCCCAGCCUCACGUCACUCUCAAGAUUACACAGCAAGGGGUCAUCAAGAAACCGAUGGUGCGAGUAUCGCAUCUCUUGUUGUUCGGAUUCUAUCGACGCAUUGAUCGAUUCCUGAAGGAUAUUGGUAAAAAAAUUGAGGAAGACCAGUCAAAGAUAUCAACGGAAUCAUUGCCCGAGGAAGUGGAGGAGGAACAACCUCAACUUCAACCGAUCCAUCCGUCCGAUACACCCAUGUUGGAAUCCACCGUCCUUGAGAAAGAUUGGGAUAUGAUGAGCGAGAUUUAUGAUCGUAAAGCAACGUAA